AAGCUGAAAAAAUGCAUAUAUGAGGAUCAUGAAUAGCACUGUUUUUCUCCCGUACACAGUACUAAAGAAAAUCCAGGCUUCCCACUUAUAAUGGUCAGAGCACAACAGUACAAAAAAAUUUGCUCAUUAUUCACAACCGUCCAUGGGGGGAGGAAUAGAAAGAAAGUAUUAUCGUCGUCUUUUGAUAAAAUUCUCUUAAUCUUCCGAAAAAGACAGUCACAAAAGCUAUGAUGUUGAGCUAACACAUGCAGACUAGACAGAUUAGAGGGAGAUUCAGUGCAGUGCAGGAGACUACCGAUCUGAUCACAGCCUGGAAUAACUAAUUGACAACACUAAUCCUUAGUAAUGAACGACCCAUGAAACAAUGUGAGCUAAUUCUGAUGACAAACAAGAUGACCACAUAAUCCAAACAGAAAGACAAGCAGAAAAAUGAGUAUAUACAUGGCGUGAGCCAUGCCACGGGAUUGUUCGUCUGCUAUGUCAGGCAUGCAUAAUUCAGAAGGAAUAACAAAUUUAGAUGACUACCUUUUUUUUCUCAUAUCAUAUACGUGUAAGAUGAAAACAGUAUAGUUGACUUGAGGAUUGUGGACUUGGAGGGGAUAAUGGGAUCUCACCAUGAUAUAUGUUUGCUAUUGAGUGCCUGUUUUGCGAUUGAAUGGGGUGCACAAUAACAUGAACAGCUCUCAUCAGUGGCCAUAAAAGCCGACCUACCUACCUCUCCUCACCCUCUCACUGCCAAUACCACAGUUCACAUCCUAACCGAGGAUAAUUGCUAAAGCCAAUCAGCCAUGGCUCUUGCAAGUCUUACGAUCAAAACAUUUCUUCUAGUUUUGCUUCUAGUCAUACCUUUCUACUCAGGCAUGUCUGAAGGCUUCAAGGAUGGUAUGAACCAGAAUCACCACUCACUUUAUAAGGAUGAGGUAGGAUUUGAAAUAAACUCAAGGAAGCUCUUAAUGCUCGAUGCAAUGCUGGAUUACGACGAUGCAGGACCUAACCCUAAGCAUGACCCAAGGAGGAAACCUGGAACUGGUGGCGCUGGCAGACCUUGAGCGCAUGCCCUUUGAGGCUUUAUAUUUAUUUAUAUAUAAUAAUAAAUGAGAAACUACUGCUCCCUAUCUCAUGUUUCCUCUCCAGAUUUUGAUCAUCAGGAAACAUUCUACUUCGGGUUGUCUACCAACAAUAAUGAUAAUAGCCCUGCCUGUGGCUAGCUUUAGUAAAGCCUAAAGCCUAGAUAAUAAUUCUGCUACAUGUCCCAACAUGCACCCUUCAUAUGUAACGAAUUUCAUUGGCUAUUGCCUAUGUUUAUCUAUCAAAGAAAAAUAAACAAAGCUUCAGCUAUUUCAUACAACAAAUGAUGCAACAGAUUGAACACAAGUAAAACAGGUAUGACAACCAAUGGGCUACAUAUCCAAAAUUGAAUGAAGUUUCACCAUACUGGAUGUUUAUUGGCCUCAGAAAAGCCAUACGCUAAUAAACAGAGUAAACUUCUCUAAAUGUUUUAAAGAGUAAAAUAAUGACCACAGCAAGAACUACUCUUGAUGCCUAAUUUGACAUUUUGUGACAUCCAUUAUCAUCCCAUGCUUUGACUUACCUGAUUGCUUUGACACUUGUAACAUCGGACAACCUCCUAAAAGCAUAUAGCUAUGUGUGUGCACCUAUCAAAAACUUUUAUGACAUUCUAUCUAUUGUGCCUAGAAGAUAGUGGAGGUGGAUGGCCCAACUACUGCACUGGGUUAUAUCCCUACCUUCUUCUACCCAUCAUACUGAUAUAUUUGAUGAUUUAGAGACAAAAAAGUUAUAAAUGCUAAUAGGAUGUAGGAUGCUCUU